AGUGGAGCCCAAAGUGAAAUGCACCUCAGACCUGAUGCGAAUCGAAGUGCCGAUCUCCCCUGCGACGAAGAAGAUAUACAUCGAAGGCCUUCGCGACUAUCCGGAACCAGCUUGUCGACCUCACACUGACCCCACCGGCAAGCUGGCGGUACUCGAGCUCGACCUCAGAGACGUCUACAAGUGUGCUGUCACCAGGGUGGUCAACAAACAAACGGGCAAAACAAUAUAUUACCAAACUGUGAUAUCGGAGACAGCUGGAGACGAUGGAUCCACAGGAAAAGAGAUGCUUCACGUGAAGUGUUCUAUUUUCCAAGCCAGGAAUCACACGCUGAUGAGUGGUUUGAUGGGAAAUCACACGAUAACAAAGAGGAACGUGCUGCCUGAAGGGUUUCAAGAAGCAAAAGAUAUAAGCUGGAGCCAACUGGAGCGCCAGGCAGAAGAACCAGUACUUCACGUGGGAGUACGACAAAACGGCCAGUUGGUGACCGGGGAGCUGAACGUAUCGCCGGGCACGCCCCUUCAGAUGGAAAUCUUUCUCGAUGAGAAAUCGGCACCCCUAUACGGCCUGCUAGUCACCCACAUGCAAGUCACAGAUACCAAAUCGCAAGAAGAAACCAUCAUCUACAACGGAUGCUCAGUGGACCCGUACCUGUUCGAGAACUUCAACACUGUAGACGGGGACUUCCUCUCCGCAAAAUUCCGUGCAUUCAAAUUCCCAGAAUCCACCUACGUGCAGUUCAAAGGAACAGUCAACGUGUGUCUGGAUAAAUGUCAAGGGGUGGAAUGCAGUGAUGGCUCUGUUGGUUUCGGGCGACGACGAAGAGCCCUUGCAGAACUGCCAGCAGACCCCAACAAGAUCUUCGAAAUCACCAUCACCUCUUUCAUCAAAGUUGGCAACGACAAAUCCGAUCCUGAAGAGUUGACCAAUCAAAAGCCAUAUAGCAAUAAGAAGUUAUUUAUUGGAGAUCAAAUGACUGACAUCAAAGAGAAAACCUUCUACCAAACAGACCCUAGUCAAGGCGUCUUGGAGCUGAAAGAAGAGAAAGACACGUUGAUCGUGGCAGACAGCUCCGCCUCCACCACCGCCUUGAACAUGAUAUCACUGGCUGCCCUAGUGCCUUUAUUCAUAUAACUAGCCGCAUGAGAGACACGCCAACAACGGUUAUUCCAAUUAUAACCCUAUCGUAAAUAUACAAGUCUGUGAUAACUCCGAAAAAUAUUGGAUACGGGGCGCAAAGCUGUCAACAUUUUGUAUGCUCUAACAGUUGCUCAGAAAGCUUGUAAAGUGAUUGAAUUAUGAUUUAAAGUUUAAGUAUACAGCUUUACACCCUUUGCACUCAUGAGCGUUGAAAUUUCGUCAAGACGAGAGAAGAAAGGAACAGUUAAUUAUAGACCCAGUGCUUUUCAAAAAUUCCCUCUACACUUAUUUUCCAAACAAUUGACGCACGAUCCGAUUUUCUAGCGUAAAAGCAGCGGUUGACAUUUUCAAGAUGGCGGCUAAGUGCUUUAUUAAAAAAAAUUUAUUAGCUUGCCUGUAUGCUUGUAUGUAUGUAGUUUUGUAUGUACCGGAAUCUUUGAGCAUAAUUUUCACCAGUUUCCAGAAGUUUGAUUCGAUGACACUGCAAUAAUUUGAUAACAGUUUUCCAUUAUCGUUAUUAGGACUGCCAGGAUGGAUACAUUCUUUUUUAGAUCCUCUGUAGGGAGUAAGAGAGAUAGACUUACUCUUUGUUGGUUCGCGAACUCGGCACAGCACAACAGAGGCAGAUAUUUUUUCAAUGUAGUGCAUUCUCACCUUGUUCAUUGCGAAUGUUAUCAUUAAUCCUACUUGAUUGCUCUAAGUUAACAGGAAUCACCCCAUGCAACAGUGAAGCUUUAAAUGAAAUGAUUAGAUUACAAAAUGAUUUGUAAGACCUGUCAAUAUCACAUUUCCACAAAAAACUAAUUGAUAAGUCAAGCUAAAAAAUGAAAAAUAAAUAAUAGUUUGAAAAAACUAAAAAAACACACUCUUUUAUGUCUUAAAUAGAUCGGGAUGUCACGUCAUACCGCAAUUUUCUUUAUUAGUACUUCAUAACUUUGGGAUAUACAUCCACUUUCUUUCAAAAUGGAGAGCUAACAUAUACAUAUAACUCCUCAUAUUUCCAAAUUUAGUGCAUAUUCAGGUAGACUUCCAAGUUUCAAGAUUGAAUAUCCCAAAAAUGAUCAAAUUCAAAAGCCUUUCAGUAAGCUAUUUUGAAAGGUAUUGUACUUUAUAUUAUGUGGUCAUGAAAGUACUUCAAAAUAAGGUAUUACACGACCCCCGUUCCACUAAAAAUAUUGCCCAACCGCCGUCUUGAAGUUUCAACUUCUACUUUCGCGAUAAAAUAAGAAGUUUUCGAUAAGCACUGCGGGUGGUUUAAUUGAAUUAUGCCUCCGUCAGGUUGUAUAUUAAAGUCUUGUCGUUUACCUAAAAGGACUAUUCGUAAACCGCUUCAAGUUUGAGCAAAUACAUUUUAUUGAAGAGCAAAAGCUUUGCCAGAUUUUUGGCACCAUACUGCGUCUUGGCAGGCUUAGGUACUCGAUGUUGAAUCUCCUACACUUGUCAAUGAUUAGGUACCAUAAAUAUAAAAAAUUACUAAACAUAAGCAAUAUGCCAUAUAACGAAUACAUGAUCAGUACAGAGCAGAUAAAAAGUCUGUACUUAAAGCCUGGCUUAUUCAUUAAUUCAUACUGACCAUUAGCGAAUUAGCGAUUUGUGUAAGAAUAUGGCUUAUACAAAUCCAAAAAGGAAUGUCUGCAAAUCCUUUUGUGAUUCGAAUACUGUAUAUGACUGUAUUGUAAAAGGGUUUGUAUCGACAUGUCCUCAAAUGAGAUCUAACUCUUAACACUGCCUGUUUGUGCAAUUUUUAUGGUGACGUUUUCAAUCGGUGUUUUAUAUGUUUAGAUAUUAUCAACUGUGUAUAUCAGCCAAUUUAAAUUCGUGAAGAUGGUUAGUUUCGUUUCCUAAAAGUGGGAACCUGCCUUUUUAGGAACAUCUAUGCUUGAAAUGACAAAGAUAAUGCAAGGGAAAACAGCAGCGAAAAAAGAAUAAAACCUAAAAGCAGGGUUGGUGAAAUUAAUAUUUUCUUUUGUUUCCGACAAAUUUUUUGAUUUUUAAAAAAGGUUAAUUCAAUCAUGUUUUUUUAAUAUCCAUUAUUUUUGGCUAAAUAAUCGCUGCCUAUGGUAGGUUUUGACAACCCCCUAACAUUAUGUUCGGUGUCGUCGAAGUAAAUACUUCUUGUAGUACCCUCGUAUCUCACCAAACCCACGAGUUCAAAGCGCGCACGCAGCGAUGGAGACCUGCUGUUAAAAACCCUUGAGUUGUUGCAAUGGAAAUAUACAUUAAGUUGACACACAUUGCGUACAAUUUGUGUAGUUGUGUACCACCUAUCCUUUACUAUUUCAGAGCGUUGCAACGAGACCUGAAAAUAAUUACAUAAUCAGACGAACUUACCUGUAGGUGAUGUUCGAUCCUAAUUAUGUAAAACUUUAAGAAAAUGAGCGUUUAUAGGCGGCCAGAGAGGAGGAAGGUAGGGAGACGCGGUCAGCCACCUUCCUUCGCUGCGUACACGGUUGGAACUCGUGGGUUUGGUGAGAUGCGAGGGUACUACAAGUAGUAUUUACUUUGACGAGACAUUCACAUAAUUACAUGAUCAGACGAACUUGCCUUUAAGUGAUGUUCGAUCCUAAUUAUGUAAAGGUACCAUCGAAGUAAAGAGCUCCAUCGCUCCCUAUGUAUCACCCAAUUGUUGCCACAACUUGGCCUUGAAAAAAAUAAGCGCUGACAGGCGGCCAGGUUUAUAGAAGGUAGAGGGACGCGGUGAGCCACCUUCCUUCGCUGCGUGCACGGUUUGAACUCGUGGGUUUGGUGAGAUACGAGGGUACUACAAGUGGUAUUUACUUUGACGAGACAUUCACAUAAUUACAUGAUCAGACGAACUUACCUGUAAGUGAUGUUCGAUCCUAAUUAUGUAAAGGUACCGUCGAAGUAAAGAGCUCCCUCGCUCCCUAUCUAUCACCCAAUUGUUGCCACAACUUGGCCUUGAAGAAAAUGAGCGUUUAUAGGCGGCCAGAAAGGAGGAAGGUAGGGGGACGCGGUGAGCCACCUUCCUUCGCUGCGUGCAUGGUUUGAACUCGUGGGUUUGGUGAGAUACGAGGGUACUACAAGUAGUAUUUACUUUGCCGAGACCUUCACAUAAUUAGGAUCGAACAUCACUUACAGGUAAGUUCGUUUGAUCAUGUAAUCUUUUGCAUUAACAACACUCCAGCUGACGUUCGAUGCAACGCGUUCGCAGAAGAACCAAAAAGUUGUUACGAUGAAAGUUGAAUAAAAAUAAUGAUUAUCUCAUUUUUGACAUCAGUGAGCAUUUUGGAGACUCGCAAUGAGUAUCCGGCUACAAACCUACUGCCUUUAAUUAAAUUUAAAGCCAAGAGUGAUCCAUUCAAACUAGUGAGUUCGCAGGUGAAAUAAUAAAAAAUGUAAAACCAAGGGUGGAAAUUACAGUUGUGCAUGAUCAACUAACGCCUAUCUUCUACCAGUUGUUCACAGCUGUGACUUCCUCUGCAUCUAUAGAAAAUUCUUUUCUACAUUUGGUGACGACGAAAUUGGUGUUUCUUUUCAGAUAUUAUAACAAAUAGUUGUUGAUUUACUUUCUCAUUCAUUAAUAGUUUACACAGUUCACUUUAAUUUUAUGUCGCUAAUUUGAUUAAUGGACUUUUAUGAAAAAAUUCAACUUUGAUUUAAAUACUUAUUUUUAUCAAAUAAUCACGUCAUAGAAAUCAUUGACUGAAAUCACCUAAAAAGUGCGCACGCUCAAAGUGUGCCAUUUAUCUGUUUUUCAAAUCGAAUAUGUGAAUAAACAGAUUGGUUUACCUACACAACGGGUCAAAUACUGACACGCGUCAUGUCUGGUGACCUCAUCAUCGGCUGGAUGACACAGAUGGAUUUAGCCUCGAAGAUUUUGAGUUUGACUAGAACGUCAUAUAAAGGAAAGUUCCCACUUUGAGAAAAUACUGUAUAAAAAAUCACGGCUUGAAAUUGGACGUUGAUAUACACCCACACAGAAUAAACUACUCCUGAAAAAUGAACGUAGUUUUAGAGAAAAAGUGUAAAAUCUUUGUUACCAGUAGACAUAGAUUUGUAAGUAAGCUCAACGAUUAUUAUCAAACAUCUCAGAAUACAUUGUAUUAUUGUUCUUGCAUUUGUAUGAUGAAAACGGAUAAUAAUAAGCACUUAAUUGUUUUAUCGUGCUAUUUUUAAAUGCAAACGACAGAGCUUAAAUGAUAAAGAUUCAAUAAUUUGAUUUACUGUUAAUUGCACAAUACAUACAGAACAUCCUUGAUGAUUCUCCGAGUAAGUGGUUGCACGUACUUGCUAGUGAAUAUGUUUAGAUGUUAAUAUCUGCGAUUUAUUUUAAUAUUAUUCUGUUGUAAAUAUAAUUUUCUGCAACUUAACUUCUGUAUUUUUAAAUUUAUGUAAUAUUUCGUGACAUUGUGAAAAUUUUACUAGUCUGUAAUAACAAAUAAAAAUAAUCAAAC